CCUCUUCCUCCUCCUCUCGUCACCAUAACUCUAUACAACAAUUCUCUUAUCCCUCAAGCAACAACUAACUCUCUUUCUCAAUUUCAUCCCAAAAAUCAAAUUCAAUCAUCACCUUUCCAUUUUUCCAUCCACAUCCAACGUUUUCAUCAUUUCAAUCUCAUCAUUUCACAUUAAAAUUUCAAUUCAUUAUUAAUCCAAAAAAAAAAUAUCACAAUGGAAUCAUCAUCAUCACCACCUCAACCAAAACCGAUAAUACUACAAAAACCACCCGGUUACAGAGACCCAAACACCGCUCAAAAACCGCUACCACCACGAAAAGCCGCUCUCCCACCUUCUUUUCGACCAAAACCCAAAAAGCGCCGUUGUUGCCGCAAAUGCUGUUGCACAUUCUGCAUAAUUCUCCUCCUCCUCAUCCUCAUCUUAGUCGUCGCUGUCGCAGUCAUCUACAUCCUCUACCAACCUUCUCUACCGGAGUUUCACAUCGGUUCCUUCCGUGUUUCCAUGUUUAACAUAACAGUAAACGACGACGUUGCUUACCUCAACGCAAACACAACAACAAUGGUGGAAUUGAAAAACCGUAACAAGAAAAUCGCGUGGCAUUUUGAUCAGAGUAAUGUUCAUAUAUUGGCGGAGAAUGGGGACCUUAAUUUAGGAUCAACUAAGGUAGCACCGUUUGAUGUGAAGGUGAGGAAUACGACACAGUUGAAGGUUGAAACGAAGGUUAGGGGAGUGGAAUUGGAUGCGAGACAGAGGAGGAGGUUGAAGAGUGUGUUUGAUAGUAAAGCUUUGAAACCGAGAGUGGAGGUUAAAACGAGAACGGGUAUGAAGGUGCAAGGUUGGAAUUCGAUGAAGAUGGAUGUCACUGUUGUAUGUGAUGGUGUUACUUUGAGACAACUUCAAAAUGGUGUCUCGCCUCAUUGUUCCCUCACUAUCUUAAAAUGGAUCAAAAUACGAUGAGUUAAAGGACGUGUUAAUAUAUAUGAUGGAUUUGGCAGAUUGAUGUUCAUGGCACAAUUCAAAGGUGAAGGUUUUGUGAUCAUUUUGGACCAUCUAAUUAUUAUUUUUGUUAGUUAUUUGCUUGGAAAACAAAUGAGUUUCGUGUAAUGCAGUUCAACUUGGUGCUAGGUUCUCACAAAUGUGGAUUGAGAAUUUGGGAGACGUAAAUCGGUACUACUAACAAUACUCUCUUUAAUGAUAUUUUUUUACACUCACUCUUUUAUUGAACGAAAUACCUAUAGGUUCAAUUACAUUUUAUGUAUGACUCGUUUCUAAAGUAACGAAAUCCGUUAUUCUAUGUAUUUCAUUCAAUAAAAAAGUAAGUGUUGAAAAGAGAGUAUGAUUAGUAAACUAUUAGACUGUAUAUAUAAAAAAACUUUUAGGACAUAGUUUGUACGUUGUUUUUCUUGUUUUUGUUUUCUUUUAAUUGAUCUAACAAAAAAUCACUCAAAAAUUAUAACAGCUCUUCAUUUUGUUUCAAUAGAAAAA